CUCCGGCGGGCAGCGUGGGGCGGACGAGCGCCAGCUCCGCUGCUGCGUAACUUUUGUUAAUUCUUAUUGUGUAGGUUUAAUAACCUCAUCAGUGUAAAUUUCUAAGAGCGGCAGAUGUGUAUGGCGGUGGCGGCGGCUGCCCGGGCUGCCUGUCCCCCCCUGCUCCUGCUGCUCUCCCCGCUCCCCGGGCUUUGGCAGCACUGAAGUCCGUGGUGGCUGCGGAGCCCGCCCGGCAGCGGCAGCGAGGGAGAGAGGCUGGGCGGGGGAUGAGGCAGAUCCCGGCCCCUGCCUGCCUCCGGUGUGUGCUCACCCUCACCUGAAUUUGACAGAUCCCUGCUGGCCUGGUCAGCCCGCAGGGACCCGCGACUCGCAGCCAGGGAUUUACUCCGAGCAAUUUCAGAAGUAGCUGCAUUCAUCUCUUCUAGCGCACAGCAGGCUAGAGGACUCAAUUAAAAAGGACAUGGGAGCAUGAAGAAUUGCAUGGAGAGCACGGAUGUGCUGCCUGUGGUGGCUCUUACCUGGAAAUCUGCUGCUGCCUGGAAGGGAUUGACAGGAACCUCUGUGGACAGCAAAGGAACCUGGAGAUGAAGGUAUUUCUUGGACUCUUUAGCACAUCACAGAACUGUUGUGUUUUGGGAGAUCCUGCUUAAGCCCUCGGAGGAAAAUCUGCCAACGGACAAAAAUGACUUGAGUUGGAGAGCUGCUGCUUAACACAGGGCCAGCUUCCAGUGUCCCAUCUGGAUGCACUGGGCACUAUGGUUCACAUCAAUGUGUUCAAAAAGUUAAUGUGUGUUCUUGUGGUGAUACUGGUAGCACUGACAGUUUGCCUUUGGAGAGAAACACGAAGAAGCUACUAUGAUCCUUUGAAGACCAGGAAUGAGGACUUGCAGGGGCACAGGAGUUCGGAGAAAUGGAACCCGGUUAAAUCACAAGGCCUUUUCCAUGAAGCAGCUGGUGAACUGGGGCAGAUACCCAAAAUGUGGCUUAGUACCCAAAACAAAGUAAAGGACAGCACCUCUGGAACAGCUGAAAAGUCCAAGAAAGCAACCUUUGGGAAGGUAUGGGAUAAGGACAGCUCAUCCAGAAAUCUCAUACCCAGGCUGCAGAAGGUCAGGAAAAACUACCUGGCCAUGAACAAGUACAAUGUGACUUACAACGGGAAGAGGAAUGCUAAGCUCAGCCCAGAGAAGUUGCUCUGCCAGCUGCGGGACAGGGUCAAUGUGACCAUGAUACAGAGGUCGGAUGGUCCUUUUGGUACCUCUGAAUGGCAGCAAUACCUGCCAGGGGAAAGCCUCAGUGAAGCAGUGGGACACCUGGGUCGCUGUGCUGUCGUGUCCUCAGCAGGAUCUCUGAAAUCAUCUCGCUUGGGACAGGAGAUAGACAGCCAUGAUGCCGUCUUGCGAUUCAAUGGGGCUCCUGUCAGGGGCUUUCAAGAUGAUGUGGGGCAGAAGACAACAAUUCGUCUUGUGAAUUCCCAGCUUGUAACUGUUGAAGAGCAGCAGUUCCUGAGGGAACCACUAUAUAACACUGGAAUCUUAAUUGUCUGGGAUCCAGCACCAUAUCACGCAGAAAUUAGUGAGUGGUACAGGAAACCAGAUUACAACUUUUUUGAAAGCUAUAAGGCGUAUCGUAGAACACAUCCAGAGCAGCCCUUCUAUAUCCUGAAUCCCAAAAUGCAGUGGCAACUCUGGGAUAUUCUGCAGGAGAAUUCCCUGGAGCAUAUUCAGCCUAAUCCACCAUCAUCAGGAAUGCUAGGCAUCGUGCUCAUGAUGACGCUGUGUGACCAAGUGGACGUGUACGAAUUUCUCCCCUCCAAGCGGCAGACGGACAUUUGCCACUAUUACCAGAAGUUUCACGACCACGCCUGCACCAUGGGAGCUUACCACCCCCUCCUGUUUGAGAAGAACUUGGUGAAGCACAUGAACCAGGGCACGGAUGAGGACAUCUACACUCACGGGAAGGUCACCCUGCCUGGCUUCAGAAAAGUGCAUUGCUAAUGGAUUGGUUUGACUGUGUUGAGUUUUCCUUGACUUUCAAAGCACUUUUUAAAUCAGGGUUGUCAGAUUUGUUAGGUCUGAGCACUGGUGUGUUUUGACAGCUCUUCCAUGUAGCAAGGCUUGCUCUUAGGACUUUGUUGACCAACUCUGAGCUGUAGGGCUCACUGUGGUACAGCCACUGACCUGCAUGAGUCACUGCAAUAAAUGGACUCCAGUGGAGCCAGGCUCUUGCAGCUCGUGGAUACCUCUGGCUUCAUCUCAGCCGAUGACGGCGUAGGGGAGGCACAGGAGAGGCUUUCUGAGCAGAGAUUGCACAAGUCAGGAUCAUACAAUGAACAUAGUUCAGUUUGCUUCAGAGGGGUUGCGACAGCCAAAGACCUGGGCCACUGGGAAACAUGAAAAAUCAUUUAAAAUUUGUUCCUGUAGUCAGGAGCUCUUCAGAGUAGGGCUGAUUUACGGAAAUGCUGUCAAGCUGUGUAAUGAUAAGCUUAACUUCUAGUCCAAAAUACUUGAUUUUACAAACAGUCUGUGAACUUCCUUCCAAAUUUUAAGACUUCUGAAACCACUCAGGUGACACUUUUGGCAAAGGAAGAGGAAAGCAAUUCAUAAUUCAGUGAAUCUUGGAAGACUUUUUAAUAUUUUUCCUUUUUUUUAAUAACUUAAAAUAAAUUUUAAUAAUCAUUUACUUCUCCAGUACAGUGCUGGGCUUGGUAUAGAAGAACCCUCAUUAUCAGAAAGGUUUUGGGAAGAUACUCCAUGGCUCAGAUGGGAGAACUCACUGGAAGUUGGUGCCUUUUUCCAGCUCUCUGCUGCUCUACCUUUGCAGUUUUUGAUUAAUUACUUGCUGUACCCAUUAACACAAACACCACAGAGCUGCUGCUAGAUGAGUUCCAGCCCUCUGCAAGCAGACGGGGGGAUCUCUUGACUGCUAUGUCCUUUUCUGCAGUGGUGGGGAGCAGGUUUGCCACUUCCAUGUUUCAUGAGUGGUGAGGAGGGAGAGCGUGCUCUGCUCCUCAUGCUGAAACACAGGCAGAGCUGAGAAGGGCAGCUUCUUCCUGGGCAGCAUGGUGGAAGUGGUAGCUCUCAGUCUCAGUGUGUUGGUGAGAACACCUUCCCUGUCUUCUGUACUCACGUAUUUCAUCAGGUCUGUAAAGAAAGCUUUCUCCUGUUUUGAAUAAAUCCUGUGAAGUCA